AUGGGAAGAUACGUAGGAUUAAAUGCGAUGAAACCAGACCGAGCUUGCGACGGGUACGAGUUCCCCAAGGACAGCUCUAGCAGCUCAGCAUCAAGCGCGGUAUUGCCACCUCAGCGGCGACCGGCUGUCUUCGAAUACCUAUUUGAACCCAAUUCAAUCACCAAGCCGUUUCAAGGCACUACCCAAGAACGCCGUAUCUUCCACCGGUUUCAAUAUUGCACGGUACCCGCCUUUGCUGGAGGGUCCGAAACAGGUUUCUGGACGAAGCUCGUACUCAAAGUGGGUCAGGAGGAACCGGUGGUCCGGAACGCAAUCAUUGCAUUGGGGACCUUGCAUGAGGAUUACCAGGACCGCUGUGGCAAAUACAGCCCUCAACUGAUUGAUGACCAGAGCUACCAACACGCCUUGAAGCUCUAUGGGGGUGCCUUGCGUGAGUUGAACCAGAGACUGAACGAGCCCACCAAAUCCAACGCCAAGCUCGCCAUCAUCGCAAGUAUAUUAUUUGCUUGCUUCGAAGUCCUCCGCCGCAAUAACAUGGCCGCCGUCAUCCACUAUCAGCAAGGCAUGCGAGCAUUGAUCAAGCAAAUGAACAUCCCUCCGACCACUGAGAGCUCGCUCACACCCUAUUCUCGGGGCUCAAAAGCGAAAUUCCGCGAGAUGCCUCAGGACGAAGUCGAUGAGCUCCUGCGAGUCUUUGCUCGAUACGACAUACAGGCAUGCACAUUCUCGAAAGACCUAGCAGAACCUUUAGCAGCCGAUGUUAGCCAAGUCCCUCGGAUAUUGCCCACCAACCUCACCUUGGGUCAAGUUCGUUACCAUCUCGAUAAUCUUCUUGUUUCGGUGUACCAGCUGGUCAAGUCGGAUGCACGGAUGUAUCGGUAUUGGAGACGCGAUACUGUGCCAUGGGAGUGGCAGACUCGACGUCAAGAGGCGCUCGACAUAUUUGACGCCUGGAUGGCCGCACUGGAGAACUUCUUCUCAGUCCAGGGAUCGAGACUAAGCAGUACCGACAUCAAAAGCCUGUUGGGGCUCCGACUGCAGAUCAAGACAGCGGUCGUUAUGCUCAGGGCGUGUAUAGACAGCGGACCGGAGAGCACAUUUGAUGCAUUCGAAGAUGACUUUGAGGACAUGGUCUCGAAGGUUGAACAGAUGACCACGGCCCUUGGCAUGCCUGAACAAAGGCCAUUGGAGGACGAAGCCACACCUUUCACCAUGGAGCUCGGUAUCGUCCACCCGCUCUUCUUUGUCGCCUGCAAAUGUCGUGAUUGGGGUCUCCGGCGGCGGGCAGUGGCUCAACUGAAGCGAGCCGGCAAGGAAGGCGUGUGGGAGGGUCCCAUCAUGGCAGUCCUCGCUCAAAGGAUCAUGGAGCUCGAGGAAGAAGGUCUGGAAGAAGGAGAGUUCGUCCCCGAAGAGAACCGAUUCCACGAGAUCAAAAAGAAUGUUGACUACGACGGCCGGCAAGUCCUCUUCGAGGCCACCAAGGCACUGGAUCCCACAUGGAAGACAUUUUCGGUGCAUAGAGAGGCCGUUCAAUUUUGA